UCGCAUACUCAUCCCUAGUCUACGUGGGGACACACACUCCGGGGGGGAGAGCCGCAUCGCCAUGGAUCAAAAUCACAAACGAGACGAGCAGAGCGAUUUGUUUGCCGGCUUCAGUGCGGCGUACAAAUCGUUCGCCACAGAGGCGAUUCAUAUCGGCCAGGAACCGGAGCAAUGGAAAUCAAUGGCUGUAGUUCCGCCGAUUUCUCUCUCUACCACGUUCAAGCAGCUCGAACCAGGAAACCAUGUCGGCUACGAAUACAGCCGGAGUGGAAACCCUACAAGAAACUGUCUUGAGAAGGCUGUGGCUGCUUUGGAUGGGGGAAAGUAUUGCAUUGCUGUUGCCUCUGGGCUGGCAGCCACCGUUACCAUCACCCACUUGCUCAAGAAUGGUGAUGGAAUCGUCUGCAUGGACGACGUGUACGGAGGCACAAACCGCUACUUCCAAAGAAUUGCAGCUGAAGUUGGUCUGGAGGUGUCUUUUGCCGACUGUACCAAACCAGAGCUGCUGAAGGCUGCUCUGAAGGCCAACACCAAACUGGUGUGGAUUGAGACCCCCACCAACCCCACGAUGAAGGUUGUUGACAUCAAGGUCUGUUCUGAGGUGGUCCAUGAACACAACAAAGACACAGUGGUGGUUGUGGACAAUACCUUCAUGUCUGCCUACUUCCAGCGCCCCUUGGCUUUGGGAGCUGAUAUCUGCAUGUAUUCCGCUACCAAAUACAUGAACGGUCACAGUGACGUGGUAAUGGGUCUGGCCUCUAUGAACCGGGAUGAUCUGUAUGAGCGACUGAAGUUUCUGCAAAAUGCACUGGGCUGUGUACCGUCUCCCUUUGACUGCUUCCUGGUUAACCGAGGACUGAAGACGCUACACCUGCGGAUGGAGCGUCAUUUCAAGAACGCUAUGGCUGCCGCAAAGUUUCUGGAGGCAGAUCCCAGGGUGGAGCGGGUCCUUUUCCCAGGCCUUCCCUCUCACCCUCAGCAUGAAGUGAUGAAGAGACAGUGCACCGGAUGUCCGGGGAUGAUCACCUUCUACAUUAAGGGGAAACUCGAGCACGCCAACGCCUUCCUCAGUAACCUCAAAUUAUUUGCGAUAGCUGAGAGUCUUGGUGGUUAUGAAAGUUUAGCGGAACAUCCGGCGAUUAUGACCCAUGCAUCAGUGCCAGAAAAAGAGAGGAUUGUCCUGGGGAUCAGUGACACACUCAUCCGACUCUCUGUGGGCCUGGAGGAUGAGGAAGACAUCAUCGAAGACCUCAAACAAGCGCUGGCUGCUGCUCACCCAAAGACCAAGUGAACUGUCUACAGGGAAUGCUCGAGGCUGAGGUUGAAAUCAGUCAAAGUCAGAAUGAAGACAGACUGGAGGUACCUGAAGUCUCAAAUCAUCGCAGAUCAACACUUGGCUCCUAAAUUCAGCGCACAAACAGCAGAGAUUCAACUAUCAGGGAACAACUUGUUCUUUACAAAAUACAAAUCAUGCUCUCUGUGAAUAAUUUACAUAAUUUUUUACAUGAGAAUUGUUAUGAUGCCUAUUUUAAUAGAACAUCAGUUUUAAUCUUAUUUAUCUUAUGCUGGGUUUGCUUUGUUUUUAUGUUUGUUUUAUUUUAAUUAAGUUUUGUUUUGAAGGGCAUCGAUGGGGCGUAUUACUAUUCAAUAAAGACUUGUGCUAUAUG